GUAGACUAAAUUUCUGAAUUCUGUGGAUGUUUUUCGGGGGAAUCCGAUAUUUUGUUAUAGAAUUGUUGUCUAUAUCUUUUUGAAAGACUAUUUUUAUAUUUGGAGUUUUCUUUUAUCUUUUUCGUCCAGAAAUCUGGAAUGGGUUCUUACCAAGCUAGUUCUUUUCUUAGGGGUUUUGAUUUUCAUUGUAUUUUCUUAUCUUUUUGGAACAAAGUUGAUAGUUUGGUUAGAUAUAUUGAAUAUCAGUAGAAGAUGUUUUGCUUUCUGGGCACCAAUUUCAGGAUAAGGAGAUUUAUCUCAAUUUAUGUGAUUGAUUUGAUUUUGAGACUUUUCUGUUAAUUGCCCAUCUUGUCUAUUAUGAAGAUCCCAUUUUUUUGUUCUUUAAAAAUACUAUCUUGCCCAUCUUUCAAUCAGUCCUGAUGUUUGCAGCAUAAUUCAUAUCUGGUGAAGGUGGAGGUGGCAGUUGUUGGUGAUUCAUUUAUUGUGAACAAAUGUAUUGAAGGGAGUUAUGAAAUUUCCCUCUUGGAGUAGUUUUGAUACUUGUAAAUUCAACAAUAGAAGAAUUCAAGUAACUUUGUUUCAUUGGAGAGGGUAAAAUGCAAUCAUACUUCUCGAGGUUGAAUCGAGCUUUGCAGCAGUCUGGGUCUGGGAGACAGGUCACUGGUGGCCAAGGACUCAGAAACACGGUUGAAACUCUACUUGAUCGGGGAAAGUUGUUAUUAGGGGAUUCUGGGUUGUCUUUCUCGAUACCAUUCUCAACAAUAGGAGAUGUACAUUUAUUUUUACGGGCUGGAACAGUUUUAGCUCUGAGGUCGGAUUCUCAUGUAGUUAAUCAGGGAAAGAACAUAUCUAUGAUGGGCACACUUUCGCGUACAUUUUCUACUCCUUCAGUUGCUGGCCCCUCAUUUCAGUCUUGUGAAUAUCACAUUGAUCGAGUGGUAUCGAAUUCUGCCAAAUUAUCUCCGGCUAAUGUAUUAGAGAAGUCAUCAGUAGCUGUAGCUCGUGCUUCAAAAGCUGUGCUGCGUGAUGACCCCUGUAUAUCUAGAUUGGCUUCAAAGGAUGGGCUUCUCUUGGAGUCAUCUUUUUCUGGCAGAAUUAAGGCUCUUCAGAGUUCCAGGAAAGCAAGCAUGAUUUUGAGGAGCCAAGAACCAUCCAGUGUUAAGCAUCUACAUGGGUAUAUCCUUUUGGAUGUAACUCGCAGGAGUUGCAACUCCAAUCCAUUUCAUGGGCCAGAGAAAAGAGAUCUUCAUCACUCAUCUUAUGGAUGUUACUCUGCCGGUACUGCACCUGACGUCUCUAUUGAUGGGUCUCCACGGGAAGAACAGCUUACCAGUUCUACGGCUUCAAAUGAUCAGAAGAUUUUGAGUGAGCAAAGCUUGAAGUUGCUAUCAGGAUCGUGUUAUUUGCCACACCCUGACAAGGAAGAAACUGGCGGGGAGGAUGCACACUUUAUAUGUGUAGAUGAACAAGCGAUAGGUGUGGCUGAUGGUGUUGGAGGUUGGGCAGAUCUUGGAGUGGAUGCAGGAGUAUAUGCUCGAGAAUUGAUGUCUAACUCGGUGUCUGCGAUUCAAGAUGAGCCAAAAGGUUCUAUAGACCCUGCCAGGGUUUUGGAAAAAGCUCACUCGAGAACCAAGGCAAAAGGUUCCUCCACGGCGUGCAUCAUAGCACUCACACCGCAGGGAAUCCAUGCGAUUAAUCUUGGAGAUAGUGGGUUUGUAAUUGUUAGAGAUGGAUGCACCGUCUUCAAAUCUCCUGUCCAGCAGCACGAUUUCAAUUUCACAUUUCAACUGGAGAGUGGAACUGAUGGUGAUCUACCAAGCUCUGGGCAGGUUUUUACUAUUCCUGUUGCGGCGGGGGACGUCAUUGUUGCUGGCACUGAUGGGUUGUUUGAUAACUUGUACAACAACGAAGUCACAGCCGUGGUUGUUCACGCAGUAAGGGCUGGCUUUGGACCUCAGGUGAUGUCUCAGAAGAUAGCCGCACUAGCACGACAGCGUGCACAAGAUAAAAACAGGCAAACACCUUUCUCAACAGCAGCUCAAGAUGCUGGUUUCCGCUAUUAUGGAGGCAAGCUCGAUGACAUCACUGUUGUUGUCUCUUAUAUCACUAGCAGUAGCAAUAGCAAUACCACGUGAGACAGAACCGACCCACUUCUCCUCGCUUUUUCCCUUCUAUUAUAUUUUGUUAAUAUCAUAUAUAUCCUACACGGACUCUCAAGCACACGGUUGGGCCUAGGUCCGUAGAGUGUCCAAGUGUUGGGAGUAUGGGAUGAUCCUCAUCCCAUAUGGUUUAGAAUUAGAUCCUGUAAAAAGAAAAAAGAAAAAAAAGAAACAAAACUCAACUGUUCUAAAUCUCUUGAUUAAAUUUUUUGACAACACUAGAUCUUCCUAGGCGGUUAAGUUGGUGUUAUAUGUAUCGGCUUGAAGUCCAUUAACUGUUGGUACAAAUCAACGAGCAUACUGUGUGCAUGUGUUCUGCAUAUACUGUUCUCUCUUUAAUAUAGUGAUAUGAUGAUAAUGAAAGGUUGAAUGGUAAGUUUGUUUCAUGU